UAUGGUGUUGACGUAACAUAAUCCCAACCAGGGGGCGAAUCAUUUUCGAAAUUCAUAUAAAAAGAUGUGUGAAAUCCAAUUAAAACAUAUAGUUUGAUUCUAUUCACAACUAAUCGCACCAACAUUCAAAAUGAACAAAGCCAUCAUUUUCGCCGUCCUCGCCCUCGUUGCCGUCGCUGUCGCUGAACCCAAGGCCAAGCCCAGCUACAACAACAACUACGGCAGCUACGACCACUACGCCCCAGCUUCUUCCGCUUCCGCUGCUGCCGCCGCUGCCGCUUCCGUCACCCACCCCAGAUCUUAUGCCUACGAUGUCCCCUCUUACUCCGUCGGUUACGGUUAUGAUGCUGGUUACGGUCAUGGUUAUGGUGCUAACUACGGUACCGGUUACGGUGCUGGUUACGGCCAAAACUACGGCCACAACUACGGUUACUAAACAGUGAUUUGGUGCUACCGAAAAGAAAAGGCUUUGACACAAUAAAUCAUGAUGAA